AUGGCUCCGGUACCAUUCCAGCACCCAGUCAGAUACGGGCCCAUAGCCUUCGCUGGUGCUCAUAUCUAUUCGGUUGUCUACUUGACAUACACCGUCGCGGACAGCCUCUAUACGUCUUAUAAGUCUCUUGGACCUGCCGCCGACACUAGAUCUCGCAUCGCCCAGCGUCGGAGACUCGUGCCGGCGUUUCUGGGGCUUGCUGUGGCAGCCAUCUCAGUCGCGGCCUACUCGUAUAUUGCAUCGGCAAGGCUGUCGUAUGGAAACUGGGCGUACGAGCAUGGCCUGGACCUGCCUAGUCGCUUGGUCGGCGAAGAUGGAGUCAUUCACAACACCAAGAACUCAAGUCAGCUGUACCUCACCCAGUGGAUGAGCGACACACCCAUCUACCACGAUGCCCUCGAAAUCGUCGCCGAGAAAGCACGCCGUUUCUGGUGGGGGCAGCAGAUCGAUCUGGCCACAACGGCGUUCAGUAUGCUGCUGUCGAUUGAGGGACGUCGGCGCAAGAUACCUAUGCUAUCGGCUUUCAUGGUGUUGGCACACCUCGUCAACCUGUCUUUCGCCCAGAACCUAUUCUAUGUCGCCGUGCUGCUUACCCCUUUCCCUCUGCCGUCAGGUGAUGAGGACCUCGAAUUGCCGGUCUUGCCCAUGCCCAACUCGACGUGGACUCGGAUCAGGAACAUGCUGAGGUUGCCAAAGCCCGCAAACUGGCUUCCAAGUCCCGCGCUGUUGUUCGGCGCCCUGAUGCUGAACUUCAUCUCGACCUUCUUACUUCCGUAUGCGGCAGAGACACCCUCGUUCCCGAAGGUGGUGAUGCUCGCUCGUACUACGACCUUCCUGCCCCUCAUCCUGCCCAAAAUCGUGCCGGUCAAGUGGGGGGCUGUCCACGAGCAUCCGCACGAGGCUUACGCCACGUUCACGAAGCUCUUUCGGUUCUUCUCUCUCGCCUCUUUUGCAUUGCAUGCCAAGGCCACCUUCGUGGGUCUGGUGUCAAACGCACCGAGCUCGCAUUAUCACCGACACAGCGCCUUCAUCCCUUGGGACGUGGAGGAGCGCUCGAAGUGGGAACGCACCACGACUGCGAUACACAAGGUCCUAGGAUCAGUUCACGACCACCCGGUCGUUGCUGCUGUUGGCUGGGACGUCCUCAUCUGCACACUGAGUCUUGGUCUCUGGGCUGCCGUGCGCGCAACCGACGUUCAGGACAUCCUGAAGUCGGCCGUCCCGUUCUACGGAUCUACUUCCCGCGCAGAAUCUACUCCAGUAGAAGAUGAGACGCCGAAGACGCCAGAGAAGGCCGAAUUUGUGGACCACGAACACGGCAUGACUCUGAGACGCCGUGGUAGGCCGACGAAGUCUAGAGUCGGCAGCAUCGCAAGAAGCUCGAGUGGCGUCAGCGAGGACGUGACACCGGCAUCCACGCGGAAGCGCGGCCGGCCCAGAAAGGUCAAGCAGCCAGAGGAGGACAAGGCGUACGAACCCACGCCGUCAGAGGCGGCGCAGCUCGCCGAAGGAGACGAACUUCCAGAGGAGCUGGACUGGGAGGCUGGUACCUUGGCCUGGGGCCUGGCCGCGUUCGGUGGACUCACUUCUGCGUGCGCUGGGGUCUUUGGCGGAGAGUGUGUCUCGAGAUGA